AUGUCAAGUAUUUUAAGGUUAUCAAAUCUAUUACUAUUACAUAUUAUAACUUCUAUUGAUAAUGUAGAUAUCAUAUGUUUAUUGUUAACUUGCAAGCAAUUAUAUUAUAAUAUUAGUAUUAGAAGAUUGAUUACAUUUAAAGGAAUAGAAACGAUAGAUACUAAAAGUGGAUUCAUAUCAGAUAGAUUUGCAGCAACAUUCAAUCAAUUCCAUCUCAACUCUUUCAAAGAUAUUUUAGAGGAUAGAAUCCAAAGUAUCAAGGAUCAACAGAUCUUUUUACCUGACCAAGACAAAGACCUGGUGGACGAAUACGACGAACCAAGCAACAUUACAACAGCAUUUGUAAUCUAUGGCAAACUAGAAUCGAUAGAUGAACUAUACCAGAUACCAUCAAUAGAUACACUAUGCAUCAACGGUCAACAACCAAAAGACAUGAUGGAUCUUUCCUCUAUCUCGUUAUUGCCCAACCUUGAAAGACUUUAUAUUCAUACAAAUAGAUUCGAAAUAGACCAACAUCCAUCACUCAAGUAUAUGAGAAUAUAUCGCAAUACUGGUUACUAUCAAGCCACUACUAUACACUCUCUCGAUAAAUUGGUAUCACUUGUAGAUCUUUCGUUCAAGCAGUUUUGGGUGUCUCAAAUCGGACCAUGUCUCUUCCCAAUCAGUCUUGUAUUUCUUACUCUUAGAUUGACUGAUAUACCUCAACAAGAUACCUUCCUUUCAUUAAAUUCAUUGGUUAAACUCAAGAUUUACUAUGAAAUAAAUAAUGAAGAAGAGGUAUACUACAAACAACAUCCAUGCAUCGAUCUAUCGAGUUUGCUCAACCUCAAGACAUUCAAGUCUGUAGACAUGAAUGAUGAAGACACUGAACAAUGCAUCAUCGAGAUUAGAGUUCCUCCUUUAAUCAAGAUACUUGUCCUCCAAUCAGAGGACUUGAGAGUCCCAUCUCAAUAUCCCAUGCCAUUGUUGGAGAAAUUAUAUGUAAAUCAGAGUUUAUUGAUGAAUGGAAGAUUCAGUAUAUUGUCGUCACCAUUGAUAAAGAAACUAUCUCUUUUUCGUUGCUCCAAUCCUCUCUUGUCCAAUCACAUCCCAUCGUCUGUUGAAAAACUUACAAUAUCCAGCCCUCAUAUCAUUGAUGAACCGACAAGCUCAGAUAUACUUGGACAAAUUGUAUUUCCACCAUCACUCACCCAUCUAUCUAUUUUGGGAAACCACUAUGAACCCAUUCAAUUCCCUCAAUCACUCGUCAAACUAAAACAUAUUCGCCACCGAUGGUCCAACCUUGAUGAUCAGGCAUCCACCGAAUCUAUCACCCCUUUUCUUCCUCGUCAUUUGAAAAAACUUGUUUGGGGUUCAUAUUUAGACACUGUUACCAAUCUAGUGUUUCCAUCCUCUGACAGAUAUCCACCUCAUGAAACACUCAACCUCAAUGAUAUAAAUGGUGACUUUACAAUAGAUAUACCACCAAUAACUAAAUAUCUAUCGAUAAGAUUAAAGAAAACCACAAAACUGACACCAGAUGGCAUCCCAAUCUAUUCAAUUGCUUCCAAGAUAUCCAAAACCAUCAUCACCACUGACCAACAACGAUCACAACAACAAUGGCUACCACACAAUACAACUCAUCUAACAUUGGUCCCAAAACGUAAAAUUAACUGGAAGAGGGCAUUUAAAUUAGAUGAAAUAAUCAAUCACACCAAUGUUAGAUAUUUAUCUUUCAUUAUUGAUAGGUUUGUUGAUAAAAAGUUAGAGUUUUCAAUUCAAAGAUUGGAUCCUGAUAAUAAAUAUUUAUUGGUAUUGGAAAGACAUAUACUUCUAGGUGGAAUAAUCACUCAAAGAAAAUCAAUCCAAAAUCAAGAGCAAUAUGAUCCUAUUUACUUAUAUUUAGAUUUCAACUAUACCUCAUCUCCUUUUAAAUUUAAUUGGAGAUUUGGUCAAUAA